AUGACCUAUUAUCGUCGAGCUGCAUUAUUGGCUGAUGUGGUUGCACUCCUCUUCGUCGAGAUUACGGGAUCAUGGUUGCAACGUGCCACCCCUAUACACGCACCGCAUCCAGCGAUCGGAAGCCUAAAUGACAUGCGGCCUUUUGAGGAAGACGGAUAUUGGCUUCAUGUACCGAAGCCGUGGAGAAAAGGACAGAUUAUGGACCUUGUGAGAAGGGGCGAUGUUGCUAAGAAGUGCAAAAGUCUCGAAAGCGCCAUUCACACUUUGAAGUUUGUGAAGAGAAGUCGUAACAGUAAUAUUCGUUUUGACUACACUCAUGGACGCUCAUUGUUUCUACUACCCAAGGCGCUUUCUCAGGGGGUCCAUUUGUGGAAAAAAUAUGAAGGUAGUUUUAGACGCUGGUUGCAGAGUACCAACUUGCAAAAUUCAAACGCUACUCCUACUCCUGAAGAUGUUUUUAUUGAAAACGGGUUGUUUUUAGUGAGCAGUUCGCAAACACCGUCUUCUCAUAACCUCUUCGAACUAAAUGAUAGCUCAUUCUACGAAGAAAACCCUUUCCGUGCAUUCUACACAGUCUGGCAUUGCAACACAUCGAAGAUUCCGGAAAGUAAACUCGCUACGACAGAAAAAAUUUGCGACUACUUCGAUUCCGUUUCGAGAAGUAACGCAGUGCAACGUCACUUGCUAAAGCCUCCAAGGGGUGGGGUUUCUGGAAAAAUGAACCAUUCUUCUUCUUUAUCGUCGAAAGGCCGCGAUACACUACAAAGAUGGUCCAGACUUGUCAGCCGUUAUGAUGCGGGUCAUGAAUCAGCAGAAGACGAAGAUCCAGUUGAUAUAUGGAACCGAGCUGUGAACUCUUUUGUAUGCCUUAAAUCAAUUAAAUCGUCAUCAAGUCAGACAUUUCGUCGCGAUAGCUGUUACGAGGUCACAUGUUCCGAGAAGUCCACGAAAACGAGGAGAGGAACUUCAUCUGUGUGCAGCACUCCGAAGAAGAGCGCCGCCCGCGCAGCUGUGAAUUCUGCUGACAGUCUAACGGGAGUGGUUGUUUGUGCAGUGUCUGGAUAUGCACACAUACCCGUAUACCUCACGCCUAAACAUGGACUGAUCAAAGUCGCUCGGUUUUGUGCAGCUGCCGCCCGUAGGAAGGUUAUAAAUAUCAAGUCAGAAGAAUCGGCUCGAAUUGACGAAAGACGAGAGGUCUUAGCAUGGGCUUCUAUGACGAAGACGACAUUUUCUCGCCUGCGAAGGGAUAAACCAAGCGUAAUUUAUUCUAUUGAUUUCUGUAUUCCCACUUCUGAUGAAACACUGGACAAGCCUGAUUCCAUUGAUGCUGGGUGCGAAAGUUUGCAAAAUCGGGAGGAAGUUGAGGCCAGAUUAUCUAAUCUUCGACGUAUCGGAUUGAGAGCACAUCCACUCCAAGCUCUUCGCCGAUAUCUCCUCAAUAAAGUCGCCACAGGGGAAGAGCCAAAUCCAUGGGUUUCCACUGUGCACGAAGAGAAGGUUUUUCGAAGGAAACUUCGGCGGUAUAUCACAGGGAUGAUAAUUCGGGCUUGCAGCGAAGAGGGCGUGGAGAAUUGUCAAAUUGAGCCGUCUCAUGCUGAUGCAUUCAGUUUCAUCGAUAAUAUAAAUAAAGAACUGGUCGAAUCAUUAGCAGCAGUCGGUUCAUUUACUUCAGAGCAGCUUCAGUGUGGAAGGAGCAAUUGCCAGAAGGCCUUUUCUCUAAGAAGAGUAGCUUCUACCCUAGUGUCGCAAAUCAACGGAGAUUAUACGCGUUGUCAGGAAGGUGCCAGAAUGCACACGAAAUAUUGCAAGCAAUGA